CUGUUCGGGUGACCAACAUCCGACUAAUGAAUGGAACAAGUGCAUCAAUCCGAGUCGGGAGGGUUGAGAUCCAGGUUGAUAACAAUAACACCUGGGGUUCGAUCUGCGAUGAUGGCUGGGACAACAAGGAAGCCAUUGUGGUUUGCAGAUCACUGGGCUUCACAAAUGGAGGAAUAGCAGUAACAGAUACGAGGUAUGGAACAGGAAGUUAUUUGUUCCUAAUGGAUGAUUCAGCCUGUACGGGAGAUGAAUCCUCGUUGUCUGAGUGUUUAUCCAGCCAGGUUUCAGACUGUAAACGAGGUACUGACACAGAGGCCGGAGUGGAAUGUAACAUGAAUCUUGGGCCAGGUCAGUCUACUCAGACUCCUGCGACCACAUCAACUUCAAAACCCAGUAUUAUUAGUGGCAACUGUGAUUUGUUGUUGCCUGCAGGUCAGACAACUCCAACUGUCAGGUUAGCUGGCAGACAAGGAGUUGAUGGUAUAGGUUAUGUAGAAGUUCAACAACCUAAUGGAGGAUGGGGAUUUGUUUGUGAUGAUGGCUGGAGCUCUGAAGCUGCAAAGAUAGUCUGUGCCCAGAUGUGCUUCCCCACUAACUACACAGCCAAACCAGGUAUUCCUGCAGAAUUAAAGCCAAGUCUAGCCAACCGUACAGUGAUCUUGGAUGAUGUUCGUUGCAUCGCCCCAGUGCCAGUCCUGGUCUGCGGACAAGGGAAAAUGAUUGCCCAGUUUUCUCGAGCACAGGACAGCAAUCUGGAAGCCAAGCAUUUGAGCAUAUUGAAUCAACCCAACUGUCCAGAUGUAUCGACCAAUACUAGUUCCCAGUAUGUGGCUAUAAUUAUUCCAGUGGAUAAAUGUGGUACUAGAACAUCGAGAAAUGGCACUCACAUAAUUUACUACAAUGAGAUUAAGUAUGACUUCACAUCUCAGGAAGGGUCCAUUACUAGAGUCAACACAUACAGAGUCCAGAUCUCAUGUAUACUACCUGUUGAUGUGGAAGUCACUCAGAGAGUUGAACCCAUCACACAAGCAGUCACACAGUCAGCAGUUGGAAACUUUCCAGUUCAGCUGACCAUCUACCGGAAUGACUCAUUCACUGUUCCGGUUAAUGAAAAUCCAGUUCAAAUUCCUCUGGGUGAAUAUCUAAACAUGGUCGUUUCCAUGGAAGAGUACGACCCAAACUUGAAAUUGGUGGUCACAAAUUGCAUAGCCAGCCCAACUGGGGAUAUACUGGCAAAUAUACGCAGGAUUUUGUUUGCAGAUAAAUGCAGUCAAGAGCCAUCAUUGACUUUCUAUCCACUAAGCAACUUCCGGUUUGGUUUUCGUUUCAAACCUUUCAAAUUUGUGGGCUAUGACAUCCUGUAUAUUCACUGCGAUGCUAUAAUAUGUCUGGCCUCUGACAACACCCAGGAAUGUGACCGUACAUGUGCAAACAGUAAAACGAAUGUCACCACAACUCCUGCAAGUUCAGGUCGGAGAAGACGAAAUGCCAAUAUUUACAGUGGCAGGGCCGUCUCACCAGCUAUUAUCAUCUAUGACCCUCAUGCUCCAGUCUCAA